AUGACGGCGAGGAUGGAUCGGCAAAGCUUUCUCCACGCAGCGGCAGCGGCACGGGUCAUGACUUUCCCCUCUGACCCACCCGGCGAUCCACGCAACCUAGACCAGGUUAUAGCGCGAAUGGAAGACUUGACCCGCAGAUCCAAAGGCAGGGUGACUCUGUUCCUGGGGCCCGCAGUCUCGACUUUCACGCCAACACAGCUACCGAUGUGGAACAAUUUUGUGGAAUUGCUCUGGACAUCGGCUUUGGCUGUUGCCACCAACGAAGUGGCUAGCACUGUGUCCGAAGGACUUCAAGCCUAUCUGCAAUCUGCAAAAUCGAUGGUACCAAACUAUCUAGUCACGGACGUCAUUUCGCGGCGCCUGGGACAGGAAUAUUUGCAAGUAUUGGAUGCUUUCAAAGCAGAAAUGUUGGAGGAUGGAUCGGUGGCUACCAAUGAGAUUCACCGGUGGACUGCCAGAUGUCUCUCGUCGGGCGAGGUGGCCGCGGUCGUGACUACUAAUUUCGACGACUAUCUGGAGGAGGCUCUUCGAACACUUCCCUCCAAUCAUUACAAGAUCACAGGAGAUCCGCACCUGGAUGGCACCGAGAUUUCUGCUCGGCUACCCCUGGUGUCUUCGACCAAAAGAUUGGUCUUGAUUGUGAAUGGAGCGAAGUCGUUCGCAUUCGUGCGAACCCUGAUGCCGCAAUUGGGCAACGGCAGAGUGACUUUUCUUUUCAAGCUGCACGGCUCGUGCUACGAUCCUCCGAGUUGCAUCGACACACGGUUACAACGGGCCCAAGGCCUCCCUUCCUUCGCCACGGAUGUCCUUGACACACUAUUGAGCAGGACAACUUGGGUGGUCGCAGGGUUCAGCGGUAGCGAUAUGAACGACAACCUUGAUUAUUUACGUUUCUUAUCGAACAAGAAAAAGGCAUCCAUUGUGUGGAUGGCCUACCCUGGCGGCGCAUUUGAGUCCUCAGUGCCCAGGCUUACGGAAAAACUGAAUCAAGCAGAAAACUCGCCGCUCGGACUUUAUCUCCUGCAUGGAGCUUUCCUUGGGGAUAAGACCUCGGGAAAGGACAGAUUUCCGCGUUUCGAGCAGAAAAUAGCGAGAUGGACAGAAGGCCUUGGACAGUCCUGGUGCAAGCUCCUAAUGAUAGAUAUUGUAGCCCUUUUCGAAGAGAAGAGCGGUCGCAAAGCCAAUCCCGAGUUUUUGCAAGCAUUGAACCAAGGGCUUUCGCCGAGGCAAGAUUGGAACACAAUUUUGGAAGAAAUGGAUCUGAAGAAGCAGCUGCAGCAGCAUGUCCCUGCUAGAAGCUGUUCUCAGGUCUGGGCACUGGUGGACUCACUCCUCACAAACAAGGACGAGCUCGACAUGGACGUCAAGCGGCAAAUCUGCAAGGAACUUGAUCACCAUCUAGUUGACCUCAGGACGAUCAGCAGGGAUCUCGAGACUGCGGCCUUUCUUAACGAGCCACCUCAGCUCCACGCUCAGACGUGGGUUUUGAGUGCACUCAGUGGACUGGUGAUGCUGCUAGCAGGGCAUCCCGAUCCAGCCCGAACGGCAUUCGAAACCUCAAGCGGUGUGGCUUGGGUUGUGGGUGACUACGAGAGCUAUGGCUUGCUCGAGAACAUCCUGCGGGUCAUGUUGCGACACGAGAGCCGAUCAAGCGAGGGGCAAGGGAUCGUACGGGAGCCUGCAAUCCAUACGAAACGGUUGCUGGCUUUCAGCCCUUCGAUGGACAAUGUCAACUCGAAGAUGAAUCGAUUCGGAGUUCCCCCUCAGAAUUACAUGCGAGCCAUACUACAUCGAUCUCUGCUCUUUGCGGACGGCAUGGCUGUGCCGGCCAAUACGAUCAGUAACUCAACAGUCUUCGUGGAAGAGGUGCUUUUCCAAGGCGAACGCGACCAGAUCAACACCACGUACAUGAGGCAUGUGUUCCCAAUACUUCCCCUGUCCCUGAAAAACUCUCGACGGAAGCUACAAUCCUACCGUGAUACAAGGAGGGAAGGGUACAUCUUUGAAUCCAUUCAUGAAGGACACAUCGCGCAACUGGACGACUACUUUUCCAAUCCCGAAAAUGAGGACCAAAUUAUCUACUAUGACGAGGACUCCGUUAGCAUGGACUAUGGCAAGUACCUCAGGAUGCUCCUCGAUCCUCGUCACCGAGAUGUGACUGUGAAACACCUGGUACAGCUUUGGGAUCGUCUGCACGCAAGCGGCACUCAUCAAGAUAUGGCUCGCUCCUCGGCAGCAGAGCAAGCGGCCCUCGACCUGGUUGCAUCUUUAAGCCAGCUGGCACAGUUCCUUCCCGAGGCGAUUUUCCGAUCACCGCUCUACAAGUUCGCCGAUCUAUUCGAUGAAGCCAGUGACAGAGAUAGUAUAGAGAGCUUCUUGACCACCUUGAAAGUCACUCGGAAAGAAGCCCGAGAUGAGCUCCUAAGUGCGCGAGACCGCAUCAUCGAGAAACCCUGGCUUUACGGGCCAUUUUGUCACGAAUUGUUCGAUAGUCCUUACACCGCGAAUCUGGUCUUCGAUUAUGCUUCUCGGACAGAAAGUGAGACGUUGAUCUUCCUAGAACAGGAAGAAUACCCAUCAUGGGAAUUCAUGUCCACCGUCUGCCAGUUGACGGAUGCCUCGACUAGAGUGGCCACUUCUGCCGCGUCUCAGGCGAGCCACAAAUAUUCCUCGCUGCUGCUUAGCCAAGCCACCGAAGAGACGUUGCUCAAUGCACGGGGUGAUCUGGCGUCUCUUCGCAAAAAGAUCCUGACCAACUCCAAGCUUUCAGAGAAUGACAUCGCACAGAUGAAAAGUGUCAUGACUUGGUUCGAGAGUCGGUCUUUGGUACUCCCCGAGGCCCAAGUCAACCAAAUUGUCAAUCUCGAGCCUGCUAUCCUUGAAGCUGCCAAACGCCUACUGACUCGUUGUGUUUUCAUUGUCAGGAAAGGCCAACCAUUGCCUCCAAUGUAUGUGGAGGCUCAAGUCACUUUCCCCGGCCUUCUGGCCCUGCGACAUCAGAAAGCCGGCUGA